UGUACAUGGAAGUUUUCUGACUUUCAGAAGUCUCUUCAAGAUCGAGGAGCUGUUCGACCAUUCACUGGUAAAGAGGAUGUCUUAAUCUCUCUUUUUUGGCAAAAAAAGAAAAAAAAAAAUGAGGACCGGUGAUUCAACCACAGUUGAUGUUCCACAAUCGAGCGCUGUCCCUAAAGGGAAAGCAACUCUGGUGACAGUCGCAAAGCAGAAGGGUGGAUGGAAAAGAGGAGUUGCCAUAUUCGACUUCAUUCUCAGACUAGGAGCUAUUGUAGCUGCUUUAGCCGCCGCAUCCAUGAUGGGUACUAGCGACGAGACUCUCCCAUUCUUCACCCAGUUCUUCCAGUUCCAAGCUAGCUACGAUGAUUUGCCCACUUUUCAGUUUUUCGUCAUUGCAAUGGGAAUAGUUGGUGGGUACCUAGUCCUGUCGCUCCCCUUUUCCAUUGUAUCCAUCGUUCGGCCCCAUGCCAUCGGACCAAGACUACUGCUCCUCAUUUUAGACACAGUGGCGCUUACUCUAAAUACUUCUGCUGCCGCUGCAGCUGCUGCCAUAGUUUACUUGGCUCACAACGGCAAUAGCAACACGAAUUGGCUGGCUAUAUGUCAACAAUUUGGUGAUUUCUGUCAGAAAGUGAGUGGGGCCGUGGUGGCGUCGUUCGUUUCAGUGGUUGUGUUCGUGUUCCUUAUUUUGUUAUCUGCUUUGGCCAUCCGAAAGCUUUGAGAUGAAGAUGGACCGGCUAGCUACUCAUGCUUUAAUAAACUUUUUCUAAGUCUUUGUAUUGUUGUUUUAUAUAUAUAUAUAUAUAUAUAUGAAUUAUAUAUGGUGUUUAGUUCGGUGUUUCUUUCAACUCUUUGUCGUGUCGUGUGAA